GAUCCUGUUGUGUUGAUAUAACAUGGAGCUCCCAGUUUCCCUACGUGAUUUUUGCUGGAAAGUUCAACUUACAAAAGAAAACAAAAAGUCUGUAUACAGUGAGUGCAAAUGAGGUGCCGUGGUUCAGUAUUGGAGAAGGACAAGACACAGCGUUGUUCUGGGACUAUUUGGCUGUUAGCUAUUACCAUUUAGCCACCAUCACCAUGGGAUGUUGUGGCUCAAAACCAGAAGAACAGAGUUAUGACUCAACUGCAGAGCAAGAAAACCCUUUACAGACAGAUACUCAUGUCAAACUAUCUCCUAAGAAAGAUAUAAAUCAAGCACGCUCACAUGAAGUGGAUGUUACUCUGGAUGUGGACACUGCUCACCCUAAGCUGAAGAUACAUGGGAACUCACUACAGUGGAUAGAUGAAUCACCACAGAGAAACAUUGACAUUGAAAACUGUUUUGAUGAAGAGCCUUUUGUGUUGGGCAAAAUGGGCAGUCCUUUGAAGACUUACUGGGAGGUGAAUGUGAAGGAGAAGGAUGACUGGGUGAUUGGCGUUGCCAAGGAAACAGCUAACAGGAAGGGGCCGUUGGCUUUCAGUCCAACUAAUGGAUUCUGGGUAAUCAGACUAUCCAAUGGGCAAAGACUUAAAGCCAUGGAGGAUGAAGAACACGUUCUUGACAAAGGUAUUCCAGAUAAAGUUGGUAUCUAUCUAGAUUAUCAGGAAAGGAAGGUGACUUUCUACAAUGCAGAAGACAGCUCACUCAUCUAUUCAUUCACCAAAGGACCAAGUUAUCAGGAUGAUGUCCGCCCACUUUUCUCACCCUGGAACAACGAUGCAAAACCAAUCACAAUUUUGCCCUUCAAGGCAAAAUAGAAAAACAUAAUUCAUCACAUUUAUUUUAUUUUACUAGGCAAGUCAGUUAAGAACAAAUUCUUAUUUUCAAUGACGGCCUAGGAACAGUGGGUUAACUGCCUGUUCAGGGGCAGAACGACAGAUUUGUACCUUGUCAGCUCGGGGAUUUGAACUUGCAACCUUUCCGGUUACUAGUCCAACGCUCUAACCACUAGGCUACCCUGCCGCCUCUACACUCUACCCACUAGGCUACCCUGCCGCCUCUACACUCUAACCACUAGGCCACCCUGCCGCCUCUACACUCUGACCACUAGGCUACCCUGCCACCUCUACACUCUAACCACUAGGCUACCCUGCCGCCCCUGUUGACAUACCCUGUAUGUCAAUAGCUUAUUCUGGUAUAUGUGGCUAUGUGAAUAAUUUUCGAUUAAGUAAUAUACAGAAUUGUGGAUUCAUUCUCAUCCUUUGCUGUCAUCUAACCAGGCAUCAAUGUUGUGUUCCCUAUUCUUUAAUAUAUUAGACAUUCAUUAUUUCAGUAGGGUAUUAUUGUGUGUGACAUUAAACAUGCAUUUUUGUUUUAAAACAUGUUGAUUUGUGAAAAAUACAAGUUCUUAUUUGGUA